AGGCACGCGGCCCCGCUACGUGGUCCAUUUCCAGUCCAGACUCCAAGAACGCCGGAGCGGCGGAGGCGAGCACGCUGAUCGAUUCCAAUCCGCCCGCACUCCUGGGCCCGGCGCGAAUGGGCGACGCAGAGGCCGCCGCGGGGGCGGGGAGGGGCGGCGGAGCGGCCGCGGGGAUGAGGGUGUUCUCUCCGGAGUACUACGCGCUCUGCGCCGGCGGCGGGAUGCUGGCAGCGGGCGCCACGCACCUCGCCAUCACCCCGCUCGACGUGCUCAAGGUCAACAUGCAGGUGAAUCCCAUGAAGUAUAACAGUAUAUUUGCAGGACUGAACGUUCUUGUGAAAGAAGAGGGACCUUCAUCACUUUGGAGGGGCUGGGGAGGGAAAUUUUUUGGCUAUGGUGUUCAGGGUGGCUGCAAGUUCGGUCUCUAUGAGUAUUUCAAGAAGAGGUACUCUGACGUACUACCAGAUAGUAACAAGAGCACCAUAUACUUCCUUAGCAGUGCCUCUGCUCAAAUCAUAGCUGAUGUUGGCCUGUGCCCGUUUGAAUCGGUGAAAGUCCGCGUUCAGACACAGCCCAUGUUUGCAAAAGGCUUGGUUGAUGGCUUUCCAAGGGUGUAUGCAACUGAAGGCCUGUCUGGCUUCUACAGGGGGCUUCUACCUCUUUGGGGACGGAACCUUCCUUUUUCUAUGCUCAUGUUUUCAACAUUUGAGCAUACCGUGGACUUCCUAUAUCAGAAAGUUAUUCAAAAGAAAAAGGAGGACUGUUCAACAAUGCAGCAGCUUGGUGCUACUUGUCUGGCUGGUUACAUCUCUGGUGCUGUUGGUACUGUUGUUUCGAAUCCCGCAGAUAAUAUCGUCUCAUCCCUGUACAACAAAAAGGCUGAAAAUAUCAUACAUGCUGUGAAAAGUAUUGGAUUUCGUAAUUUGUUCACAAGAAGCCUGCCCAUUCGGAUCACCCUUGUUGGACCUGUCAUAACCAUGCAGUGGUUCUUCUAUGAUACAAUCAAGAUACUGACUGGAUUGCCAACGAGUGGAGGGCUUCCCCGUGAACUGGAAGAAGUUAACAUAUAAUCUGACUCGGAUAUGUCUCUUGAUGCAUUUUUUUGGUAUCAGACGUACGUUUCUGACUUACUACUUGGAAGAGAGUAAGAUUGGUACUUUCAGGGAACAAGCAACUGACCGAAAUACAAUACAUUGUGUGUAAGAUGUCUGCAGCUGCGUAUGAAAGAUGGCUGCCUCCAUCUUAAAUAACCUUGAGCUUCAGCACCCCUACAGGUAUAGCAUUGUGGUCAGGUGGUGCUUUACUGGUGCAUUCAGGAUGCUCUGUAUUUCUGUAAGAUUGAUGUAUGAGAAAAGAAUACACUUCUCAUGAUUAAACGCAACCUCGCACUGUAAAUAAUCCUUUUGAAGGAUGAGGUUUGAAGUGAAAUUCUGCGUUAUGCUACUGCUCUUAA